AUGAAUAGAGGGAGAAAGAUUCCCAUCUCCAUCCCCCAUGGGCAUGGGCCAGAGCACACUGUGGCUGCUGCUGUUCAGGAAAUUCCUAGAUACUAUCACAUUCAUGAUUCUGAACAGAUGGUGUGGCUCCUAAGUGGAAAUGUAUUAGUGGCAGCUCCAUCCAGCAACAAUAUUGAACCUAUCACUCUAGCCAUAAUAGCAUGUAGAGACACAAAACUUUUUGAUGAAGGAAAAGGCAAUCUGGUUUACCUUGGAAUCAAAGAUAAAAAUCUCAGCCUCUUCUGCACAGAAACUGAGGGCAAGCCUACUCUGCAGCUUAAGGAGAUCAACAUCAUGGACCUGUACAGAGAGACUAUAUCACAACAGCCUUUUCUCUUUUUCCACAGUGUGGAGGGCUCCAUUUCUUCCUUUCAACCUUUCUCCUACCCUGGAUGGUUCAUAGCUACCUCCUCUGUGCCAAGUCAACCUGUCUUUCUCACCGAAGGGAGGGGCUCGACAAACACCAACUUCUAUCUAGCUCCUAAGAUUUAA